CUGUUCACCUGUUCCUGGGAAUUCCCAUAAUAUUGUGACUAUGACAGAGUCUCCAUUUGCUACUGUUUAAGAACCUCAAUCAUAUAUACUUCAAUUCUCUCUCUCUCUCUCUCUCUCUCUCUCUCUCUCUCUCUCUCUCUCUCUCUCUCUCUCUCUCUCUCUCUCUCUCUCUCUCUCUCUCUCUCUCUCUCUCUCUCUCUCUCUCUCUCUCUCUCUCUCUCAUUCAUUAAUACAUUGGCCUUUAGUUCCUUCAGUAGCUCAGCCUGAAUUAAGGCAGUAACAAUAUUAUUGCUUAAAGCCACUUAACUCAUUAAUUCCCUUCUCAUCAACAGACUGCCUAAAUAAGUAGCCACAGUGUUGCAUUGGUAUUUUCCUGCUGUUUCCAUGGAUACUGUUCUUCACAACUUCUUGACUGCAUGCUGUCUUGUUCAUUCUCACAAUAUCACUGUAUAAGACACUGUACUUAUUCUCAUAUGUAAAAUGUUAAUUUUCAUGAUGCGUGUUUGCAAAAUGAUAUUCUUCACUCUUCUUUUUUUCCUUUCUUCAUACAACAAACUUUUCUUCAUGAGGGGAGUACCAGAUUACAAUAAAAAUCAGAUUGGGAAUUUCUGCUGUCUUUGUGGACGUACUUUUGUUUUGUGCGCAGUGUCAGGGCUGCCUCUAUAUUUAUAAGAAAUUACAUAUAUGCUGUUAUGACCAUGCCUUUCACUGAUUAAACAUUUUAUGUUGAGUAUUAGUAUAACCUGUUGAAUAUGUCAUCGAAUUAUGAUAUACUCAGCAGGAGCUGGGACAUUGCGUUCAUGGCUCUUGGACAAUUCUGGGCUAGACCACCUGACCAAGGAGAUUACCACAACACAGCACCAUGUCCAGCAGCUGGCCCGCCUCCUGGAUUCCAUUGAGCAUCAGGAUGAUAUCAGUCAUGGUGAACCAGCAACACCCUCUACAAAAUCAAGGAAAAAGUUCCGCCUACGUAAACACAAAUCCAGCAAAUCCACUAGUGGGGAGUUGCCAUUGUCUGGCAGUCCAGGCAAAGGAGGACCUGAUCAGGUGGAUGCUACAGUCCCCUCACUGCAUCCAUAUUGGUUCUGGAAUGAAAUGCAGGCAGAUGGCAACCUAUGUGAACUAAGACCCCUGAGCAGCAGCAAUCCUACCCUGGCCAUGCACAAUGCUGGCUGGCACUCCUCUGUUUCACGGCCACAUAGCUAUUCUGAUGCCUCCACUGCUGUUGCUGGGGGAGUGCAGCCUCCAAAUACCCCCUCCCCCACUUCACAAUCACACCAUCCAGCUCCCAUCCCACCCACGAUUACAUUGUCUAUGGAAAGUACCUCCCGAGAAGACUUCACCAUCUUAGCUAAAGAAGUUGUGAGUCAGAUUGGACAAGUCUUGCGAGGACUCCAGACUGAACGUGAGAAGCUUCGUCAGGCACUAGAAUCAGAAUCAAAUCUCUUGGCAUCUCACAACACUACUGCUAUUAUUGCUGCCCUCAGAAACUCCCUGAAUCAGGCACUCCAACAAAAUGCAGAACUCCGCGGGCGUUUGGCCAGGAUUCAUGCUGACUCUGAUUUGUCAGAAAUAUCUGUGCCACCAUCUAUGUCUGAACUGCUUCACAAGUCCCUUCACACAUCUCUGUCAUAUGAAAGUAGCUCAUGCUUCAGUGCCUCAGAGUAUUUUGAUGCUGCUGAUGCAUUUAGUGAUGCAGGAGGCACUGACACCAGCUCAGAAGCCUCAUCUGACAACAGCUCCUUUACUAGUGAAGCCAGUGAUGCUGGCACUGAUGCCCACCCUAGUGCUGCCGAGAUUGAAGAGGAUGGGAAGUGCUUCACUGGAAGACGGACACGCCUACCAGCCCCAAAACCCCUCACUGAGGACUUCUCUGUUUGGAAUUUCCUUUACAAGAACAUUGGGAAGGAUUUGUCCAAAGUGUCCAUGCCAGUCACCCUUAAUGAGCCCCUCAACUUGCUUCAGCGAAUGUGUGAGGAACUGGAAUACAGCGAACUCCUGGACAAAGCUGCUGGGCUGGAGGAUGCUGGUGAACGUAUUGUGUUGGUGGCAAGCUUUGCUGUGUCUGCUUAUGCCUCCUCAAUAUAUCGUGCAGCUCACAAGCCUUUCAACCCACUUCUUGGUGAAACUUAUGAGAGUAUCAGAGAAGACAAAGGCUUCAGAUUUGUGGCAGAACAGGUGAGCCACCAUCCUCCAGUUAGUGCUUGUUAUGCCAAGAGCCAUAAUUUCACCUUCUGGCAAGAUGUAAGGAUCAAGACUAAGUUCUGGGGCAGAUCCCUGGAGUUUCAGCCCACAGGCAAGGUACACUUGACAUUGCGGGAAGUAGAGGACUCUGCUGUGGAGGAUCACUAUGAAUGGAACAAAGUAACUACUUGUGUCCACAACCUGUUUGGUGGUGGGCAACGGUGGGUGGAUCAGUACGGGGAGAUGAUCAUCAAGAAUGUCAAUAAGGGCCUGACUUGCAAACUGUCCUUUGUACGGGCCAGUUCAUGGUCAUCCAAAAGACAUGAAGUAUUUGGUACUGUAACCGACUCCACUGGCCAUGUGCUGCACAAUCUUUUUGGCAAAUGGACUGAAGCAUUGUACUGUGGCCAUGCACCCUCAGCCAGGGUUGUAUGGCGACCAGGCAGUAUGCCAGAGGACUUCCAUCUCUAUUAUGGCUUCACCAGAUUUGCCAUGGAGCUCAAUGAAUUAGAUGAAGACCAAGCCAAAUAUCUGCCCUCUACAGACACAAGAUUCAGACCAGACCAGAGGUAUCUUGAAGAAGGGAACAUGUCUGCUGCUGAGCUGCUCAAAACACAGCUGGAGCAACAGCAAAGGGAGAGACGUAAACAACGGGAAGAGACUGGCGUGGAAUAUGUUCCCAUGUGGUUCAGGCGAGAACACAGCAGCUCAGAUGAAUCAUGGGUGUUCACAGGAGAAUACUGGAAUAAGCGCAAAGAUCCUGGCUUUGUGAAUAUGACCUUUGACAAGCUUUGGUAGGUCCUCUAAAUGAGUUAUGGCCUUCAUUGUCAAAAUGUAAGUGUUCUAGCUAAGAAAAAUAACUGUUAAUGUAAUUGUAUGUACUUUGGAAAUUUGUUGGUAGUUUUGUAACAACCAAGAAUUAUGUUAUCGUGGAUGGGCUCAGAUUGUGAUGAUAGCAAUUUUUAAUGAACAUUCUGGAUAAUUUAGUAAAAUAUCAUUAAAUUCUAUUGAACUGGUUUAAGCUUCAAGCACAGUUCCAAGAAACACAUGGUGAAUGCCCAUCACACAAGAUACCAAGUGCACUUUGUGUUCUGGAGUGUCAUACAUACAUCUUAUGCCAUAACAGGCCAUGUUCCUCAUCCACUUGUUACUUGUACAUUUGUUGUAAACUAGGAGUGCAGUUAUUAUUUUUCUAUAUACCCAGUAUACUUAGUUUUUGGCAUUGAAAUCUUCACUAGUUUUCUUUGACAAACAUUUUUCCAGUGUGAAUUCUUUUUAGCCAAGCAAGGUGCAGGGUGGAAUCCAUCAUAAAUUGUUUAAUUUUUCUUAUUAAA